UGGAGGCGUGAAGAAGACUACAGGAGGCCAUCGCUCUCUCUCUCUCUCUCUCUCCUCGUUUCUCUCUCUAUAAAUCGCUCUGGAUCGCCCCUGUCUCAAUCUCUCUGUCUCCAAAGCCUUACAUUCGGCGAACUUUUUGACACCCAAAAUCAAAAUCAAAACCCCAUUUCUUUUUUCCUCUUUUUUUCAAAUGAUUGUUUCUUCCUCCUUCGCAUCUCUCUCUUCUCUGUUGUUCAGACUGUGAGCAAAUUAAGAAAGCGGUAGCUUAGUUUAUUUACAGAGUAAGUGGGUUUCAUUUGGCUCCGUUUUGAUGGCCUUUCGCCUAAUGUUCUGCUGUGGAAUUGGUUCGGAUCGGAAAGAAAGAGGGAAGAAACAGCAAACAUGGAGGGUGUUUUCAUUGAAGGAAUUACACUCAGCCACAAAUAAUUUUAACUACGAUAACAAGCUUGGAGAAGGAGGAUUUGGUAGCGUUUAUUGGGGUCAGCUGUGGGAUGGAUCACAAAUUGCAGUUAAGAGGUUGAAGGCUUGGAGCAACAAGGCAGACAUGGAAUUCUCUGUGGAAGUCGAGAUACUGGCUCGAGUUAGGCACAAGAAUCUAUUGAGUUUACGUGGCUACUGUGCCGAAGGGCAAGAACGUUUGAUCGUGUACGACUACAUGCCCAAUCUAAGUCUACUCUCCCAUUUACAUGGACAUCACGCAUCAGAAUGCCAUCUCGAUUGGAAACGUCGCAUGAAAAUCGCGGUUGGAUCUGCCGAGGGAAUUGCUUAUCUUCACCACCAAGCAACUCCCCACAUCAUUCAUCGAGAUAUCAAAGCUAGUAAUGUUUUGUUAGAUCCAGAUUUCCAAGCUCGUGUCGCCGACUUUGGAUUCGCAAAACUCAUCCCCGACGGUGCAACACAUGUAACUACAAGAGUCAAGGGCACACUCGGAUACCUCGCACCUGAAUAUGCUAUGUUAGGUAAGGCAUCAGAGAGUUGUGACGUAUACAGCUUCGGCAUUCUCCUUCUUGAGCUAGCCACUGGCAAGAGACCUCUUGAGAAGUCAAGUGCAACAACAAAACGCACAAUCGUAGAUUGGGCGUUACCGUUAGUAGUUGAGAAAAAGAUUAACGAACUUGCAGACCCAAAGCUAAAUGGAGAUUACAACGCAGACGAGCUAAAGAGAGUCGUCCUUGUUGCACUCAGAUGCUCCCAUUCACGGCCAGAGAAACGACCGAUCAUGGUCGAGGUGGUAGAGCUGCUAAAAGGAGAAUCAAAAGAGAAGGUAGCUAAAUUAGAAGAUGAUGAACUGUUCAAGAGCCAUGAAGUAGACGCACAAUCUACAGAAAUAGCAGCUGGUGAAGAUAGCUCAGAGUUCAUAUCAGAAGAAAAGGAUUCAACACAGAACCCCACAUGAGAAUAGUAGGUAAGUCUACUUAGCUUAGCUCUGGCUGUUGUUUACAAAAGCAUGGCAAGGUGUGUUCAUUUGGGUAUUGAUUCUCAAGCAUUGUUUUAUGAGUGCAGCUGAGAUUUGUAUGAUUUGUGGUUACCCUUUUAGACUUUAUUUUUGGGGAUUCAAAUUGAUGUUUUGAUAUAUAUAAAUAUAUAUUGUAAGUGGCAUCAAUCUGUAUCCAACCUGGUGCUUCUCACU